AUGUGGUUCAACCUCACCACCAAUCAGAAGGCCUUCGCUUUGGCUUCUUUGCUCCUAACGCCCGGUGCCUUAGCAGCUGCUAUCCCGCCACGCGAAAUCAACUCGGACUUGACGACACCCUCAUUUGUCGCUGGUGUUCCGAUAAACACACACGUCCCUACAACUGGAGCGGAUGAAAGCCUAACCUCCGACCCAGAAGUAGGUGUGACCUGUCCGACCUGCGAUAAAGACGGUAACCCGAAGAGCAUCUGGGAAAUUAUUGCUUCCGGGCAGCCGAAUGCUGCUCCCAGAUCCGUCGACGAGGACCCUUCCCUGACUGAGCGAGACGACGGUACCCCGAAGUACAUCUGGGAAACUCUAACUGGAGCGGAUGGAAGCCCAACCUCCGACCCAGAAGUAGGUGUGACCUGUCCGACCUGCGAUAAAGACGGUAACCCGAAGAGCAUCUGGGAAAUUAUUGCUUCCGGGCAGCCGAAUGCUGCUCCCAGAUCCGUCGACGAGGACCCUUCCCUAACUGAGCGAGAUGACAUUGAUGCGAAUGACAUUAACUCCGACCUUCAAGAGGAGGACACCCUGAGCGGACCUUCAGAUGAUGAUGUUGCUCCAUCCAAGACUACACGCCAACCGUCGACCGAGGUGAAACGGGCUGCCAAAGUCACCGGGGAUGCCAAAUACAAGAAGCUUAAGGAAGCCCUCGGGAAAACACCAGAAGUUGGCCAGGGCUAUGCCAUCAAAAUCAGGAGUGAACGAGCUCGAAUCGCCGGCAAGAAGGCUCCCGACCAUUACUUGAUAGCUGCAGGCUACGUGACCGAGCGAAAAGAAGGUGGCGUCACCUAUCUCAAGUUUGAAUCGGGAUGCUGGGACAUUCAGCUCGAUGGCAAGAAGAUUGUGUUCACGGACCGCGGUGCCAGCAGCUGGUAUGAAUGGAGCGAGACUAAAAUGGAGGUGCUCGGUAAGAUCAGGUCAGGCGUGGACAACACGGAGGUCGAGAGAUAUGGGGAACAGAUUGCCGCCAAGAUGAAUAAGAAGGGUUAUAACACCCUUUUUAACAACUGUCGGGAUUUUGUGCUUAAACUGUAUGCCGAGAUCAAGGCUUGA